AUGGAAGUAAUGCUGGCUGGGAAGGUGGAGAUUUUGACGGACAUUGUGGUCCCUGCUUUCAGUGGGGUUCAGCUGACUCUUGUAGACUUGAUUAAGAGCCUGGGGUUUAUACUAGACUCAUCACUGCUGCUAGAGAAUGGCGAAGGCGGCGGAACAGGCCUACCCAACUGGAGGCCGCCAUGCUGUACGGAACGUGAACGCUGCCAUGCUAAACCAGAGCCCUCCAAGAUGGACAGGAUUUAUUCUGAAAUAAAUGCAGAAGAUGACCACACAGACCACACAGUUAAAAGAAGGAUUUCAUCAAUUUUAAAAGUUCCCCGAACUCCUCUUCGUGACCUAGGGGGCGGAAAUGAAUUAAUUCAGGGCUGCAAUAUUGAGAAACGUCAGAAAAAUUCCCGCCGUGUCAGUUUUGCAGAUAAAAUAAGGGUUUUUCCAUCAGAUCUUCAAACAAAUGUGGAAUCAGAUCAUGCAGAAGAAACAACAGAAGCAAGGCAUCAAGAACCACUUAGUCAAAAUGAAAAACCAGAAACUCUCCAGUUUGAGAUCACUGGGAUGAACACUUUACUUCAUGCCCCAAUCCAGACACCUUUGCAACAAAUGGAGUGCCAUGAUAUAAACACUUGUCAAGAAUGGAACAAAAUGAAUAGAACACUUCUCUUUUCAGAAGAAAAUGAAAUGGAUAUGACCGCUGGCCACACUGUAAUGAUUACACAUGAUAUUGGGACUUAUGAAGAAACUGACAAGCCCAGGAAAAUAGAUUUCAAAUCAUUUUCAACUGAGUUAAAAAUGAAUAAGGAAAAUACAGAAAUUCAUGAGUUCAAUAACCCUACAAAAGUGAAUGAGAGAUGUCUAUCUCAACAGAACACAAACAUUGGUAACACACGGAAAAUUAAAUUUGAUGACUUUUUGAAAAGCUUACAAUCAAGUAAACCUUCUCCAACACCUGCUGCUGAAGUGUCUUUUUUGCCUUCAGAGGUCCUAGAAAGAAAAAUAUGCUCUUCAGAGAGGAAUGUGUCUUUCCACAUGCAAGGGAAAAGCAACACCACUACAGUUUUUGGAGGACUUGAUAAUAAAACAGCUGUUACGCAGUAUUGCUUAUCUAAUACUGAAACCAUUGCACCUCCUACUUGUCAUGCUUCAAAGCAAACAAGAUGUGGAGGGGUUACUCUGCACUGCAGAGAUGAAAGCAUGGACAGGACUGUUGCCAAUACAGAACGAGUUUUGCCAGCUGAUCUGAGCUCACUUACUGGAGCAAAGCAACAUCAAAACCUUGAAAGAGAGAAGACAGUUUCUUAUGACAGCUGCCAAUUAAAGCCUUCUAGUUAUCCAUCUGGCAUUCAGCACACAGCUAUGUGUAUUAAUAACAAUGGAGAAGCAGGUGUUGCUAAAAAAUGUGGUGUCAGGUUAAUAUGUAAAGAUGCUUCACUGCCCUCUAAUCAAGAAAUAUCUGUGGAAAAUAAAGCUUCUACAAAUUUGAAUUCCAUCCCCUACGAUGAAAUGGCUGCCUCAGAGCAAAAGGCUGUGUAUGGAAAUAAGGAGCUGCAAAAUUUAAGUAUUAAACCUGGUUCUUCGACAUCUUCCCAUCUUGAGAGGAAAGAAAACACUCUGCUUGUAUCAUUACCAUGUGACAAGUCAGCUGUCUUCUCUGCAAAAGGCAUAGAUUUAAAUAGAAAUUAUGUUGCCAAGACUGAGAGAAGGCAAGUAGGAUGUCAAUUGCCUCUAUCUCAGACAGUCGUUGCUGAAAUGAAUGGUAUAACAGCAGUAAACUAUAAAACUAAUGAGAAAAGUGGUUGUUCAAGCAAUAAAGUGCCUCCAAUUUCUGCAGAUAAAACUAUUAUGUUUGCAGCCAGUGAAGACAUGGAACUUACUAAACCCACGGCAUACCUAAUAGAUAAAUCUCUGAAAGCUGCUGGAUUUUACCAGAAGCCACAGGAAGAAAUAAGAUCUGGUAAGCAUAAUAUAAUAGGACGAGCUAGUGACAAGACUGUUGUAUUUUCCCUUGGUGAAGACAAUGAAAUGGACAUUACCAAGAGCUGUACAGUGGCUGUAAACCAUAAUUUCAUGCAGCGUUGUGAGAGACAUCCUCAAGUAUUGCCCUUACAACCUGUUGUGUUACCCUUACAACCUGUUGAGAAGACUAUUGUUUAUGCAUCUCAAAAUGACAUGGACACAACUAAACCAAAUACAUGCAUAAUAGACCAAUCUCUUGAAAAUGCUGUACACAAACUAGAUAAAGAGGCUGAUUGGAGAACUAUUGAAUCAUCCAAAGACGAGACUGUUAUGUUUUUUUGUAAUGAUGAGAAUGAAAUGGAAAUUACCAGGAGCCAUACAGUGGCAUUAAACCAUGAUGAUGUCCCCCAAGGUGACAGUAUUCCCAUUGCAACACAUGUUCCUCCAGAUAAAACUGUAAUGUUUACAUUUAGUGAAGAUAUGGAGAUAACUAGGCCUGUUGCAUAUGCAAUAGAUAAAUCUUUGAAAAGUGUAACGGGUUCUCUUGAUGAACCAGCCCAAGAUACAACAGAUGGAAAGAGAAGGAUAACUGGGACAGCUAGUGACAAGACUGUUGUAUUUUCACUUGGUGAAGACAAUGAAAUGGAGAUUACCAAGAGCUGUACAGUGGCCGUAAACCAUGAUUUUAUGCAGCAUUGUGAAAAUGUCCCUGAACUGUUGCCCUUACAACCUGAUAAGACUGUUGCUUAUACAUCUCAUAAUGACAUGGACAUGACUAAACCAGUUAUAGGCAUAAUAGACCAGUCUGUAGAAAAUGCUGCUGCCCAAGGUGUACACAAACUAGAUAAAGAGGCUGACUGGAGAACUCCCAUUGAAUCAACCAAAGACAAGACUGUUGUAUUUUUUUUUAGUGAUGAGAAUGAAAUGGAAAUUUCCCGGAGCCAUACUGUAACAGUUAAUCAUGAUACUAUCCAACACAUUGGGGGAGCUCCUCAAGCACAGUCCCUGUUUCCUGCAGAGAGAACCUAUGUAUUGGUACGUAACAGUAACAUGUCAGUAAAUAAACCUACAAGUUUUAUUCCUGCAGACAAAAUAAUGAUGGUUAUACCCAACAAUGACAAAGAAAUAACUAAACCUGUAGGACAUGUAAUGGACUCAUCUCAGAAAAGUAAAGAAAAAGAAACUGAUAAGGUAAUGCUACCAGAAUUGAUCAAGCAAGAAACUGUUGCAUUUUUGCUACAUGAAGACAAUGAGAUGGAGAUUACUAAGGUUGCAGUAAACCAUGAUAUCCAACAAAUGGAGGAAGCACCUCAAGAACUGUCUAUAAUUCCUGCAGAAAAAACUAAGGUGUCUGGACAGAACAGUAACAUGGCCACAGGUUUUGUUCCUGCAGAUAAAAUUUUAAUGUGUAUGCACAGUAACAACAUGGAAAUAUCAAAACCCUUAACGGAUGCAUCACUGAAAAAUACAAGUUCCAAAGCUUUGGCACAGGAGGGGACGGAAACUAAAAAGGCAAUGCUGUCUGGGCCUGUUAAAGGCAAUGCUAUUAUUGUUAAGCUGCAUGAUAAUGAAAUGGAGGUUACUAAAUGCCACACAAUUGAAGUAAACCAUGAUAUUUUUUCUCAGUGUGAAAGGAGAUCUCUGGUGCAAUUUAAUCAGGAUAUAGACAUUACAGGAUCCCAUAAUGAUAUGAAAAGUAUGCAUGGAGUAACACAAGAUAUAGACAUUACUAAAAACCACACAGCUAAUAUUUAUGAUCCCAAUUGUUAUAUACCUAAGCUUAAAAAACAGCUACUGAAUUCUCUCAAAAAACCAAGAGAAAAAACAACUGCAUUUUCAGAUGGCGAGACCAUGGAGAUAACUAGAAACCACACAACAGGAAUUGAAUUUAUGAAUAAAAAUAAUUGUAAUAAUGAACACAGCUCUUGUUCCCAGGCCAAAUCGGAAUUUCCUCCUUUGGUUGUCCCUCAUGAAAAGGAAUUAGCCGUUAUUAAAACUGACAAACAUACACCUGAAAAGUCCCUUUCAUCUUAUAAUGUGAAACUACCUAUACCUGUAAAUAACGUCAAUAAACAGAAUUUGCUGAGAAUACAAGAGAACCAACUAGAAACCCAGCCAUCUGGAAUCAAUAAACUUGCAGAAGUUGCUUCAAAUGAUGUGCACUGUAGUGCAGAAAAUGAGUAUAUGUUGCCAGUUGAAAUGCUAGUUCAAAAUCCAAAGUCAUGUGAUGAAACUGCUCUUAAUUUGAACACAGAAAGAAUAUGCAUGUUGGUUACUGAAACUGAGAACUUAAAAGAUUAUCCAGAAAAAUUAUCUUUAAUAAGACAUGAAAGUACCCUCACUGGAGAAACAAAAAGUCUUCCAGUUGCUGGCACAGCAACUAAGAUAGAAAAGGCUGUGCUGUGUGAAUUGGGACAUGUUACAAAAGACCGGCAAACUAAUUUGGAUCCUCCCAUCAAUAACUUUUGCUCAGAAGAAGACCCAGUCCUUCUGCCUAAAGUACCUGGUAUUAAUGAUUGUUCAAAGCUAAUAAACAUUGGGAAAACAUCAGAGACUGGCCUAAUGUCUCAAAAUGCUAGGCCUAGUCUUGGAGGAGAACCAAUGAUGAAGCCAAAAGAGUUAAAGGAAGGUUUCAGAAUAGAAUCCAGCAAUUAUGUUUCCAAUGAAUUGAAAAGUAAAACUUUUACAGAGGGUGAUCCUUUCCACGUACCCUUCAAUCCUAUGCAAAAGAAUAACUGUCAAAUAAAAAAGUUACCACUAGGUAUCUUUCCACCUAAACUGCCAAACAAACGGAAAUCCACCAUUGCCAAUGUAGAAGACACUGGUGAAAGAACAAAACCUCAAGAUUCACAAAAUUCUCUGCUCAUUAUGAAAGUCUCAGAUAAAAUUACACAACAUUUGAGCCCAUCCCACUAUAUAGGUGAAGAACUGCUUCCUCCGUGUAUAGAGGAAAUGGAUUUUAGUGAGCUUCUAAGCUGCGAACUGCUGGAGAAGGUUUGUGAUGUGAUGGAUGAAAAGGAGAUCACCAAUAAUGGACAUCUAAAGGAAACAUGUAGGCAAAAAAGAGAUCGGGACCAGGAGGGAGAAGAGCUUCAGAAUGAAAAGAAGCUCAAAGUUUACGAGGGCUGGAGUGAUACCACAGAGCUGAAGCAGCCUUUUCCCAGCACUAUAGUAACUAACGAAGAAACUCUUGAAGGUAAAAAUGCCCAAGAUGUAAUGGCUUCAAAUAUGGAAAGGACACACAGCAGUAAUGGCAGCUCUUUGGAUUCAACUAAGGCUGAUUCGGACCUCAGUAAUCAGCGAAAUGCUGAAAUAGAGACUGAGCUGCUUAUGGACAGUAUUUGUGAACAAAAUUUGCACGAGAAAUUGCAGGAAGGUGUUAUCACUGUCCGGGAAUUUUUUACACUUCUCCAAGUUCAUGUUCUCAUACAGAAGCCUCGCCAGAGUUUACUCCCACCCAAAUACAUAGCCAAUUCAUCUCCUGCCCCAGAAGAUUUGAUUCUCAGCCAGUAUAUUGACCAUCCCAAAUUGCAGAUGUAUAAUGAAGAUUGUCAAGCUCUCUCUGAGAUAAUAGAAGAACUCAAGUUGUGUGCAGAUAACCAAGAUAAACUUCUGGUUAAUGUGAAUAAAAGUCUAUGGGAAGUAAUGAGAACCUGCUCUGAUGAGGAGCUGAAAGAAUUUGGAGCAGAGUUGAACAAAAUGAAAUCCUGCUUUGCCAAGAAGAGCAAAACACUGGCUCACAGAGGGAAAGCAAAAUUAUACAUGAAGCUGGUGCAGAAUGCACAGCUCCAGUGGGAAAAACUGCAAUCAAGACUAAAUAAAAUGGAUGAGCUUUUCAAAGAAAUGGAUAUCUACCUUGUUGCUCUGGAAGCAGAAACUGCCAAAUUGGAAGAUCUUGGGUUGGGGGUCAGUGACUCUGUGACAGACUAUGAGUCCAAACUGAGACAGACUGAGCAAGAGCUAGAAAACUACAAAGCUCAAGAGGAAGCACUUCAAAGAGAUCAGUCAAAUCUUAGAGGGCAACAGCAGCAGAGAGUUUCUGAAAUAAGCCAUCUCCAGGAAGAGGCCAAAAGUUGUCAGGAGCAGAUGGAGAAAUACAACUUCUCUGAGUGGGUGAUGAAAGAAUGGAAUGAUGAGCAGGCAGUUUUCACAUUCCUUUGUGAUUCUGUCGAACUCACUGUUACCCUUGGAUGCCCUGUGGCUGCUUCUGCUGCUGUUGUCACCACCAAAAAGCUCUAUAGGCAAAUAGUUGGUGUGAACAUUGAAUCACUAUUGGAUGAAGCAAAAGCUCCAGCUUCUUCCAAACUAGUGCAAAAACUCAUUUUCCAGUUUAUCAAUGAUCAAAGUUCAUGGCAGGAGAAAUACUCAACAGUAACCCACCUUGCUCAGUUGCUGCAUGAUCUCUCUCUUGUGGUGAGUCGCUGCCAGCUCCUAGGAGAAGAGAUUGAGUUUCUGAACAGAUGGGGUGGGAAAUUUAGCCUUCUGAAGACCGCUGUGAAUGAUACAAAAGUGAAACUGUUAUUCUCCAGUUCUCUGGCUUUUGCAAAGUUUGAAGUUGAGCUCUCUCUUUCUGCCAACUACCCCACAUCCCCUGUGGUUUUCACUGUUCAAAAAUACACAGGCAAUCUUGGCCAAGAAGAAAUUUCUGAGGUUUUAUCUGGAGUUCCAGUAGGAGCCAACUACUUGACAAGAAUGGUCAAUCAGAUUCAUCACAGACUACUCCAGAAUCCCUCAACAAUUCACAAACAGCAAAAAUAGUUUUAUGUGCAGCUCUCAAAUGGGAUACUCUGAUUCUUGAAUGCUAAGAAAUAGGAUGUCAGCUGCCAAGAGAACAAUAUUUGUGGUCAGACCUUUAGACAUGAUCUCAGUAAGUGUAAGUGCAAAGCCUAUUGAAAACAUUAAUAACAAAGGGAUUUUUGGUUUUGUGUUUGUCUUCCCCACUCCUUUUUUCAUAUCUUCUGGUGCUACUUAUGAGCUUUUUUAUUUCUAAGAAACCAGUUUCUCUAAGCCAUGGAAUGGAUGUAAUUCAGUUCCAGAAGUGUGUGCAGUUGUGGGUACCUUCCAAGGUCUGCACUGUAUAGAUGACUAACAGUAAGUAAGUAGCCUUUGAUCCCCAUCAUAAAAAAUGAGGUUUUAUUUUCAUAAACUUUCUGGAAUACCUCCUAAACUAAAAUCUCAUUAAUUGGCAGUACAAAAUUAAAAUAUUGCACAUAGAAAACUACAAGUGCCUUCCAGUUCUUAUGAAAAGUAGCCUUAAUUUCAGGGUGAUCUUGUCUUACUGCUUUCAUACUUGGGUUAACAAUUCUUCACAUUAAGAAAAGAUUUCAGUCAUAUUACUGAUGCAUUUUAGACUGAAGCUGAUGAGUAUACACAAUUGCUAUUACCAUAAUAAAGCAUCCAGAAUGUUUCCAUUCUGAUGUAUAGUUACAGUUUCUUUAUGUAUGUAAAGUUAGGAUUUUAUAAUGCUUUUUGAAACCUGGAAAUUGGUAUUUUAUGAAGUAUUUUCUUCUGUUGAAGAAGGAUAUUUAAUAAAUAUGCUUACACUG